AUGAAAUCUCUAAUUUUCGCCAUAUUUCUUCUAACUCCAAAAAUAUCACCAAAAGAAUUGACUGAAGAAGAAAAAGAGGACCUCGAAAUAUCACACGAAUUCGCAAAAAUCUUCCUAGAAGACAGUAUUCCGAUGUAUAUUCGAAUGAAUUUGCGCGAAAAAUUGCGAAAAUCGAUUUUCGAUCCCUACGAGACCCACAAAUUCCAUUUCAAGGGAAGUUUUACAAUUCGGAUGAAUUUGUGGAUAAUUUUUUAUUGGCUGGAAAAUUGGGAGAGAAUUUAA